AUGCAAAGUCUACCUGCUGCCCAGGAAGCGCAACACAGUGCGGACGCGGGGGAGGGCAAGCAUUGGAGUCGCCGGUGUUGUUCUCACAGCAUUUAUUUUCUCACUAAUAUUCUGCCGCGCCUGUACGAUCCAAAGCCCACCCGAGAAGUUGGAACGACGAAGCGGAGGCGCCAUUCCAGACCCACCUCUUCGCGCCAGUCACGGGAAGAGGAGUGGGAUUUUUUUCCUCACCGCGUCAGAGGCAUGCGAGCCCACCGUCAGGCGCCCUGGGACAAACCCACGCUGCAGUGGUCGCAUGACGGGCAUACCGCCGGACCCUCUCUCGGAGACGCGGAGAACCUCGGCGGCAAACCCAACUGCAUCUGGGGGGGCGCUGACGACAGUUUACAUGCGGCACCUCCGCAAGCCCCUCUCCGUGGGAUUUAUCUGCGGCCCACGGUGUUUAUGAUCGGUGGCACAGCCACACAUCUGAUGGAGGUGCUGUACCCACCCACCGCGGCCGACGCCGCCGCCUCUGCUGCGGCCACGGCCAGUCCGUUGCCAGCCACGGCAGCGAGGCCGACUUGGUGGGGCCACCGGACCCCGCACUCCCUGGAGUCGUGGGUGUCUUUUGAGUAUUCGCUGGCUCGUAUUCCUGCGCCCCCGGCUGCCUCCAAAAUCGCGACAAAGACGCCGGGGGGGUGCACGGAGGAGGAGUUGGUCCGGGAGUUCCCUCCCGCGUUGCCCCCGGCGGCAUCCGAGCAGUGGCUUGCGGUGGCAAAACAAAUGUCACUGAGCUUGCGUGAGAACCGUCUUUUAGCGCCUUUCCGUCUGGAGUACUGCGGGGCUGUGGAAAAUCCCUCUCAACCGUCUCAGGUGACGCUGCCUCUGGGCGGCGAUGAACAAGGCCUGACACCCGGCGGUUCUGUUUUGCUUGGCGGCGUUGAAGUGGCGUUACGUGCGAUGCGUCCUGGUGAGGAGUUUGCGUUCCUCAUCAAGGACUCAAAAUACUCCGACGACACGCUCAGCGCAUACGGUUCACACUAUUUCCAUAACCCUGCAGUUCCCUCAGUGCAGUGUCUGUACAUCCGCAUCAAGCUGCUCUACCUUCUCCCUCGUGCGUCCACGUGGAUGCAGGUCAUUCAAAGGCACAUUCUGGACGUCCCAGAUUCCCUGCCAAAGGAGCCGGAGGGCGUGCAGGUGGCACCAGAGCAUCUGCACAACUAUGCAGUGCCGAUUCGCUUUUUCCGCCAUCUACGGUUCGUUAUUAGCUCGUCCGACAGUGCUCUUAUAGACGCGGCGACGUCUCAGUGCGCCCUUCGUGCGCUUUUUGUAGCCAAUGCAUCGGCGCUGUUGGGCUGUCAUCUUGCGGCCCCUCCCCAGACCGGCCUUGUUGGGGCCGAGUUUUCCACACAGCAGAGUAGUGGCGGCAUGGGCGCCACCGCCAAGGGAGAUGUGUGCCGGUGGUGGGGCUCUUACGAUACUAAUGAGGAAUCAGAGGAAGAGGGAGAGAAGGUGCUGACGCACGAAGAUGCAGUGGAAUUUUUAAGCAAUGUUUUCUUCGCCUUUCCUCGUGAUGGUGCUACCGUGACGUGUAGUGUCACGCGAAAGAGCCCGCUCACGGGGAGUGAGCUCACGCCAAGGCGUGUCACUGGCGUGGAGCUGGGGAGCAUGUCCCUCCCGCUUUGGCUAGACGCCUCGCUCCAGACGAUGCGUGGCGGGGAGAGGGACCUUGUGGGCAUGCAGCAUGACUGCGAAGACGAUGCGGCCCUGCAGUGCGCAUUGGCGGAUGAGGCGCGCACGGCGGUGCUGUUGCAGGCGAGCGUGGCGGGGGAGAUGCGACGCAGCAGCGGCCCACUACAAAGGCAGGCUGCGGAGCAGGGCAUUCCGCUGGACGCAUCCCUUUCCUCACCCAACUCCUUCAGCAGCCUGCAGACGCUGCAGGGAAAUGGGCUCAAGGGCAAAUCCGACCUCAGGCCGUUUUCUCCGCACGAGGUGCAUUACCUCGUCACCCUCGAAAGCUUUACGAACGUGCACGACACCGACGCCUUCUUCUUUGUUGACCCUGCGAACUGCCUUCGCGUGGUGAAAAAACUGGAGCAGGAGGCAAGCGCCCUGCGCAGGAUGGGCGGCACACGGCAGGCGGAGCUGCAGCGGCCGUUAGAAACAGACGACUGCGCGGAGCAGGAGCCGAGGAACAAUAGACACCAGUAUCGUAGUAGCAAUAGCGGGGAGGAGGACGCUGCCCUCCCUGCGUGCGCCACAGUGCAGCCGAUGACGAUCCAUUGCAAGCCCUUUGGGCACAUCAACCGCCCUUCGGAGGAACGUGGCGUUGUGAAGGCCAUUCAAAAGUUGAAUCUCGCCGUUUUUUUCUUGACAUUUCACGUAAAUGAACGCCGCAUGCCUGCCAGCGACGUGCCGGCCGCCUUGAUGCAAGAGCGCCUUGUGGCCUUAACGGGCGUCUUUUGCAAUUUGUAUCGACUGUACAAAAAGCUGCACCACAGGGGCGCGGACGCGCUGGCCUUGGAGGCACUCUCCUUUGCUAUUGUGUUGUCACCAGAAUCCCCCCAGUUCUGGGUGCGCCGGGGCAUGCUGCAGCGGCAGCUGCACGAGGCGCAGAGCGCCAUUCACGACCUGAGUGUGGCGAAGUUCCUUGCGGAGGCGGGGCUGCGGCAGUCCGCCUUGCUGCGCGGCACGGAGGCGGGCGAGGGCGGCUGGGGGGUCGUCGCGGCGACCAGGCUGCAGCGCAUUCUGCGGAUUGCGGAAACCCUCCUCGACGAACUGCACGCGCUGGAGGAGGUCGAUCAUGCCACGGCGUCGCCGUCGCACCAGUGGGAGGAGGAGCGCCCCGAAGAGUGA